AUGCAAGGAAAAUCAAGCAACGAUGAGUUUGUCUUGACCGAGGUAAGCUCAUCUCCAAAGACCACCCCACAACAUUCAAAGAGUUCCUACGAGCCUGCUUCAAGACAAGAUUCUACAAUGAUACACAGAUUCGUAAACUCUUUCAAAAGAGCUGAACAACCACCUUUAAAACAAGAUUCAGAUUUAGAAGAAGAUACUGAUACAAUUGUCACCGACACUCAACUAAAGAAAACUAUGAAAUCAAGACACGUCGUCAUGAUGUCUUUAGGUACAGGUAUUGGUACCGGUCUUCUUGUCGCUAACGCUCAAGGUUUACAUAAAGCAGGUCCUGCUCCAUUAGUCAUUGCAUACGGAAUGGUUUCUUUUGUCACCUAUUUCAUGAUUCAAGCUGCAGGUGAAAUGGCUGUGGUUUAUCCUACUUUACCAGGUAAUUUCAACGCUUAUAUCUCCACUUUUAUCUCAAAACCUUUUGGUUUUGCUACAGUUUGGCUAUUCUUCAUCCAAUGGUUGACAGUCUUACCUCUAGAAUUGAUUACUGCUGCGAUGACUGUGCAAUAUUGGAAUGAUUCAAUCAAUGCAGACGUUUACGUCGUUAUCUUCUACGUCUUCCUUCUAUUCAUCCAUUUCUUCGGUGUCAAAGCUUACGGUGAAACUGAAUUCAUUUUCAAUCUCUGUAAGAUUCUAUUCGUAGGAGGUUUUAUCAUCUUUUCCAUCGUAGUCAACGUUGGUGGUGCAGGUAACAGUGGUUAUAUCGGUGCUAAAUACUGGCAUGAUCCUGGUGCUUUUACAUCUGACACCAAUGCUGGCAGAUUUAAAGGUGUCUGUUACGUCUUAGUAACAGCAUAUUUUUCUUACGGUGGUAUGGAAUUAUUCGCCCUAUCAGUUAAUGAACAAGAAAAUCCUAGAAGAUCCACUCCAACUGCUGCAAAACAAUCUAUUUAUCGUAUUGUUGUUAUCUACUUAUUAACAAUGAUCCUUGUCGGUUUCAACGUUCCAAGCAAUAGUAAUGAAUUAAUGGGUUCAGGUGGUUCUGUCACUCACGCUUCUCCUUACGUCCUAGCAGCUUCUAUCCAUGGUGUCAAGGUUGUCCCUCACAUUGUUAAUGCAGUUAUUUUAAUCUCUUUGAUUUCUGUCGGUAACUCUGCCUUAUAUGCAGCUCCAAGAUUAAUGUGUGCUUUAGCUCAACAAGGUUUUGCCCCAAAAUUCAUGGAUUACGUUGAUAGAGAAGGUAGACCUUUAUUUGCAUUAAUUGUCUGUUCCGUCUUCGGUGUCAUUGGUUUCGUUGCAUGUUCCUCAAAGGAAGAACAAGUCUUCAACUGGUUAGCUGCCAUUGCUGGUUUAGCCGAAUUAUUCACUUGGUCAGGUAUCAUGAUCUCUCAUAUUCGUUUCAGGCAAGCAAUGAAAUUACAAAAUAAAUCCUUGGAUGAAGUUGGAUAUAAAUCUCCAUUUGGCGUAUACGGUUCAUAUUUCGGUGUCUUUUUCAAUCUCCUAGUUUUCGUAGCUCAAUUCUGGGUCGCUCUAGCUCCACCAAUGUACACUGAAAUGUCUGCUGAUACUUUCUUCGAAAGUUAUUUGGCUUUCCCAAUCUUUUUCGCUUUCUAUUUCGGUUACAUGAUUUGGAAGAGAGAUUUCACUCUAUUUUCAGAUUUAGAAUCCGUCGAUCUAGAUUAUCAUAGAAGAAUCUACGAUCCUGAAUUAGUCAAACAAGAGGAUGAAGAAAAGAAGGAAAUGCUGAAGAACUCUCCUAUGUGGAAGAGAAUGUACUAUUUCUGGUGUUAA